AUGGGAAACAAAGGUGAGCAUAAUCCAACAAUAACACAAGAACAUCAAACUGAUGAAAAAGUUACCCCAUGUUGUGCUACAAUCGCCUUCACAGAUGAUGACUUGUUGUUAGGGUCUAAGCUACAUAAUAGGCUCUUGCUUGUUGUAGGGUCUAUUCGAGAACAACAUCUCAAUCGCAUACUAAUCGAUGGUGGUUCGGCAGUCAAUAUCAUGCCAAAAGUUGUUCUGAAAAAACUUGGGAUCUCUAUUGAUGAAUUGUCCAAAAGUAACCUAACGAUCCAAGGUUUCAAUCAAGGAGGACAACGAUCCAUAGGGAAGAUUCGUGUAGGAUUGUCCAUUGGCGACGUGAAAUCAAACACUUUGAUUCAUGUCAUAGAUGCCAAAACAUCAUACAACUUGUUGCUCGGACGUCCUUGGGUUCAUGAAAAUGGAGUGGUGCCAUCUACUUUGCAUCAAUGCAUGAAGUAUAUGAAAGAUGGUGAAGUAGUCAAAAUUGAUGCAGACAUCAAUCCUUUCGCUGAGACGGAGUCAUAUUUUGCAGAUGCAAAAUUCUAUUUAGAUUCUGGAAGAUCAUAUAUGGAGAAACAUGUAGAAGCCGACUCGAUUGAUCCCGAAGAUAGUAAAGUUCAAUGGGCCGCUAUCAAUAUGUCUAAGAAGAGAACGGAAGAGGUUUCCAUUAAGCUUUCACCAUCUAAAGGAGACAUGGAGACCAAUAUUGAUGAUGAGCAACCAAUGUUUCGCUAUAUUCCACGUGAACGUCGAAAAAAGGGACAACCACUGCUAGAGGAAUAUACUCAACAAGUUCACCCACCUAGGAAAGAAUUGAGUCACACAACAUUCCAUGAUUUGAAGGAGAAAAUGACUAUCCAGUUGCACAAGUCCCGUCUUUCACUUUGGAGCCUUCCAAAGGAAAUACCCAAGUUGUUGGUAACACAAAUUGAAGCGGAGGUCAACAAGCUCAUCGAAGCUGGAUUUAUUCGAGAAGUGAAGUACCCGUUGUGGAUCUCAAUUAUUGUGCCUGUUAAGAAUAAGAAUGGUCAAAUACGUGUCUGCGUUAAUUUUCGAGAUUUGAACAAGACAUGUCCAAAAGAUGACUUCCCUCUGCCAAUCAUUGAGCUCAUGGUUGAUGCUACAACUGGGCAUGAAGUUAGGUCAUUUCUGGAUGGAUCUUCUGGAUAUAAUCAAAUCAAAAUGUCUCCAAAAGAUGAAGAAUACACUGCCUUCCGAACUCCAAAAGGAAUUUAUUGUUACAAAGUGAUGCCCUUUGGUCUAAAGAAUGCUGGGGCCUCCUAUCAACGUGCAAUGCAAAACAUAUUUGAUGACAUGCUUCAUAAGAAGGUGGAAUGUUACGUUGAUGAGUUGGUGGUAAAGACGAAGCAAAGGGAACACCAUCUUGAAUACCUUCGAAUUAUUUUUGAAAGGUUAAGGAAAUUUGACUUGAAGAUGAAUCCACUCAAAUGUGCAUUUGGGGUUACGUCAGGAAAGUUUCUUGGCUUCAUUGUGCGUCACCGUGGAAUUGAAGUUGAUCCCGCAAAGAUUGAUACCAUUCAAAAAAUGCCUAAGCCAAAGAACUUGAGAGACCUCCGCAGUUUACAAGGAAAUUUGGCAUUCAUUCGGAGAUUCAUUUCUAACCUGGCUGGACGAUGGGCACCAACUCUUGGAAAGCCAUUGAUACUGUACAUUGCAUCGCAAGAGCGAUCACUUGGGGCACUUCUUGCUCAAGAGAAUGAAGCUAGGAAGGAACAAGAAAGUUCAGAUGAGUUCCCUGAUAAAGAUGCAUUCUUUACUGAAGAGUUGCCAGCAUGGACAAUGUUCUUUGAUGGAUCCGCACGUCGAGAUGGUGCAAGGGCGGGAGUUGUGUUGAUAUCUCCAGAACGACAAAUCUUACCAUUUUCAUUUGUUCUAGGUGAAACAUGUUCCAACAACGCCGCAGAGUACCAAGCUUUGAUUGUGGGCCUUGAAAUGGCAUCAGAUAUGAAGAUUCCUCAAUUGGAUGUCUACGGUGACUCUCAAUUGAUCAUCAAUCAACUCUAG